CAAAUGGCUCCCCCCUCCCGCCAUCCCUGUCUUAGUCAUCUCUGCCCUCUGCCGCCUCUCCCUCCAUCACGAUUCCUCUGGCCAGGCCAAGGGGAGGGCGACACUGACAGGCGCCCCCCACCCAGGGACCGUGGCGAAGCACGGGGCCGGCUGCUCAGAAAAGGAUAAGAAGUGGUUUCUCCUCCCCUCUUCCCUUCCUCAUCCUGCAGCCCGCGCCUCCCCCCUCUGCCGCGCUGCGCACGGAUGGCGGCGGGAGCCGCAGAGCCACCAUGUUCAGCCAGCAGCAGCAGCAGCAGCUCCAGCAGUUACAGCAGCAGCAGCUCCAGCAGCAGCAAUUGCAGCAGCAGCAGUUACUGCAGCUCCAGCAGCUGCUCCAGCAAUCCCCACCACAGGCCUCGUUGCCCAUGGCUGUCAGCCGGGGGCUCCCCCCGCAGCAGCCACAGCAGCCGCUUCUGAAUCUCCAGGGCACCAACUCAGCCUCCCUCCUCAACGGCUCCAUGCUGCAGAGAGCUUUGCUUUUACAGCAGUUGCAAGGACUGGACCAGUUUGCAAUGCCACCAGCCACGUAUGACACUGCCGGUCUCACCAUGCCCACGGCAACACUGGGUAACCUCCGAGGCUACGGCAUGGCAUCCCCAGGCCUCGCAGCCCCUAGCCUGACAGCCCCCAGCCUCACACCCCCUCAACUGGCCACUCCAAAUUUGCAACAGUUUUUUCCCCAGGCCACUCGCCAGUCCUUGCUGGGACCUCCUCCUGUUGGGGUCCCCAUGAACCCUUCCCAGUUCAACCUUUCGGGACGGAACCCCCAGAAACAGGCCCGGACCUCCUCCUCUACUACCCCCAAUCGAAAGGAUUCUUCUUCUCAGACAAUGCCUGUGGAAGACAAGUCAGACCCCCCAGAGGGGUCUGAGGAAGCCGCAGAGCCCCGGAUGGACACACCAGAAGACCAAGAUUUACCGCCCUGCCCAGAGGACAUCGCCAAGGAAAAACGCAUUCCAGCACCUGAGCCUGAGCCUUGUGAGGUGUCCGAGCUGCCAGCAAAGAGAUUGAGGAGCUCAGAAGAGCCCACAGAGAAGGAACCUCCAGGGCAGCUACAGGCGAAGGCCCAGCCACAGGCCCGGAUGACAGUACCGAAACAGACACAGACACCAGACCUGCUGCCUGAGCCCCUGGAAGCCCAAGUGCUGCCACGAUUCCAGCCACGGGUCCUACAGGUCCAGGCCCAGGUGCAGUCACAGACUCAGCCGAGGAUACCACCGACAGACACCCAGGUGCAGCCAAAGCUGCAGAAGCAGGCACAAACACAGACCUCUCCAGAGCACUUAGUGCUGCAACAGAAGCAGGUGCAGCCACAGCUGCAGCAGGAGGCAGAGCCACAGAAGCAGGUGCAGCCACAGGUACAGCCACAGGCACAUUCACAGCCCCCAAGGCAGGUGCAGCUGCAGCAGGAGGCAGAGCCGCUGAAGCGGCUGCAGCCCCAGGCACAUUCACAGCCCCCAAGGCAGGUGCAGCUGCAGCUGCAGAAGCAGGCCCAGACACAGACGUAUCCACAGGUCCACACACAAGCACAGCCAAGGGUCCAGCCACAGGAGCAGCCUCCAGCGCAGGUGUCAGUACAGCCACCAGAGCAGACCCAUGAGCAGCCUCAGACCCAGCCACAGGUGUCGCUGGCUCCAGAGCAAACACCGGUUGUGGUUCAUGUCUGUGGGCUGGAGAUGCUACCUGAUGCAGUAGAAGCCGAUGGAGGCAUGGAAAAGACCUUGCCGGAGCCUGUGGGCACCCAAGUCAGCAUGGAAGAGAUUCAGAAGGAGUCGGCCUGUGGCCUAGAUGUGGGCGAAUGUGAAAACACAGCGAGAGAGAUGCCAGGGGCAUGGGGUGCCGGGGGCUCCCUGAAGGUCACCAUUCUGCAGAGCAGUGACAGCCGGGCCUUUAGCACUGUACCCCUGACACCUGUCCCCCGCCCCAGUGACUCCACCUCCUCCACCCCUGCGGCUACCAGCACUCCCUCUAAGCAGGCCCUCCAGUUCUUCUGCUACAUCUGCAAGGCCAGCUGCUCCAGCCAGCAGGAGUUCCAGGACCACAUGUCGGAGCCUCAGCACCAGCAGCGGCUAGGGGAGAUCCAGCACAUGAGCCAAGCCUGCCUCCUGUCCCUGCUGCCCGUGCCCCGGGACAUCCUGGAGACAGCGGAUGAGGAGCCUCCACCAAGGCGCUGGUGCAACACCUGCCAACUCUACUACAUGGGGGACCUGAUCCAACACCGCAGGACACAGGACCACAAGAUUGCCAAACAAUCCUUGAGACCCUUCUGCACUGUUUGCAACCGCUACUUCAAAACCCCUCGCAAGUUUGUGGAGCACGUGAAGUCCCAGGGGCAUAAGGACAAAGCCAAGGAGCUGAAGUCGCUUGAGAAAGAGAUUGCUGGCCAAGAUGAGGACCACUUCAUUACAGUGGAUGCUGUGGGUUGCUUCGAGGGUGAUGAAGAAGAGGAAGAGGAUGAUGAGGAUGAAGAAGAGAUCGAGGUUGAGGAGGAACUCUGCAAGCAGAUGAGGUCCAGAGAUAUAUCCAGAGAGGAGUGGAAGGGCUCGGAGACCUACAGCCCCAAUACUGCAUAUGGUGUGGACUUCCUGGUGCCCGUGAUGGGCUACGUCUGCCGCAUCUGCCACAAGUUCUAUCACAGCAACUCAGGGGCACAGCUCUCCCACUGCAAGUCCCUGGGCCACUUUGAGAACCUGCAGAAAUACAAGGCGGCCAAGAACCCCAGCCCCACUGCCCGACCUGUGAGCCGCCGGUGCGCAAUCAACGCCCGGAACGCUUUGACAGCCCUGUUCACCUCCAGCGGCCGCCCACCCUCCCAGCCCAACACCCAGGACAAAACACCCAGCAAGGUGACGGCUCGGCCCUCCCAGCCCCCACUACCUCGGCGCUCAACCCGCCUCAAAACCUGAUAAAGGGACCUCCCUGUCCCUGGCCUGCCUGGGUCCAGAUCUGCUAAUGCUUUUUAGGAGUCUGCCUGGAAACUUUGACAUGGUUCAUGUUUUUACUCAAAAUCCAAUAAAACAAGGUAGUUUGGCUGUGCA